AUGCCGUUCGGAGAGGUGGUAUGUGGCUCCCCGGGGAGCGGAAAGUCGACAUACUGCUACGGAAAGCACCAGCUCUUCACGGCCCUCAAUCGCCCUAUCUCCAUCGUCAAUCUUGACCCAGCAAACGAGAACAUCCCAUACCCAUGCGCCAUAGACAUCUCCUCCCUCAUCACUCUCGACGACGCGAUGUCUGCGCACGGACUCGGACCCAACGGCGGGAUGCUCUACUGCAUGGAAUAUCUCGAGGAGAACUACGACUGGCUCGAGGAGCGGCUGAGCGAGCUCGACCGUGACUCCUACAUUCUCUUCGACCUCCCAGGCCAGGUCGAGCUUAGCACUAACCACGAUAGCGUGAAAAACAUCAUCCACAAGCUCAUGAAAGGCAGCUUUCGGCUGGCUGCAGUCCACCUCUGUGAUGCGCACUACGUGACCGAUGCGUCCAAGUAUGUCUCUGUCCUCAUGCUCUCGCUCCGCGCCAUGCUCCACCUCGAGCUGCCGCACAUCAAUGUCCUUUCAAAGAUCGACCUCAUACGACAAUACGGAGAUCUUGACUUCAAUCUCGAAUUCUAUACUGAAGUGCAGGACCUCUCGUACCUCGAAAAUUCUCUCUCAUCGUCUUCGCCCCGUUUUGCCGCACUCAAUAUGGCCAUCUGCUCGCUUAUCGAGGAUUUUGGCCUUGUAGGAUUCGAGACACUCGCAGUAGAGGAUAAAGAGUCCAUGCUGCACCUAACUCGAGUCAUUGACAAAGCUACUGGUUGCGUUUUCGUCCCUCCGCCUAGUGCGCCUCAGCCCCCAGGCACUAUUGAGUCCCCAUCCGACAGCUCCGCUACACGCCGUCCAAAUAUGCACGCACUCUUCUCAACUGCUGCAGGCCCGAUUCAUGGUACGCGCAGCGAUGUUCGCGAUGUUCAGGAGCGUUGGGUCGACGCGCGUGAAGAGUGGGAUGACUGGGAGCGUGCAGAGUGGCGCCGCGAGGGACAAGCAGUGCAAGCACAGAAGGAGGUGGCGAAGAAGAGCAGGAUAAGAGAUAGAGGUAUGAAUGCGAUGACCUGA